GUUAGCUGGGUUAGAGCAACACGAGGGUGAGGGAAUGAUUUUUGGGUGAACUAUCCCUUUAACCAAGACUGUUUUGUCAGUUAGGCACCAAGUUAGCAUGGACAGAUCUCUAAACGAAAGAGAAAGAGACACUAAACGAAUCGUCAUGGCUGGCUCUUUCCUUCCUGUAGCGGCCGAGCCUGACUUGUCUGGGCUAGUUGUUUCAAACAUUACCUCAGACACAGUGUCGCUCUCCUGGCGGACAGGAGAGAAGGCGUUUGAUCAUUUUAUAGUCGAGGUGAGAGAGUCUGCUUUGCCCACGCAGGCGACGGGGCGCACCUUACCCGCGGGUGUUCGCUCCACGGUGCUGACCGGCCUCAGAGGAGACACGCGAUAUCAGAUCAAGCUGUACGCCACCUUUAGUGGCUCAAACACAGCUGCCCUGAUGACUCUAGUAACCACAGAGCCUAAGCCUAAAUUGGGCCCCAUCGUGGUGUCUGAAACACGACCGAAUAGCUUGACGCUGUCCUGGAGCACACUGUCAGGCCACUUCGAUGGCUUUGCUGCUCGUGUCACUGACCGUGAGCAGCUGUAUGAUGUUGUAGAGCUCAGGCUGUCAGGCGCAGAGAGGAAUGUUACCGUCACGGGUCUUAUGGACUCUGCGGUCUAUGACAUAGUGUUUUAUGGUCUGUCUCGUGGCCGUCAAACUCCAGCAGUUUCCUUCAAUACCAGUACAGCGUCAUUACCGAAAGUGGAAAACCUCACGGUUUCGGAUAUUACCCCGUACGGAUUUCGAGUGUCCUGGUUGGCAGAUUCCUCUGAGGGCUUCAGCCAUUUUCAGGUAAAGGUGUCGGACUCUGGUCAGCUGCUGGAGCCGCAAGAGUUCAUAAUGCCGGGGAACCAGACCGUACUGGAUGUUUUGGGCCUGAUUACUGGCAUUGGCUUUGAGGUCAGUGUGACCGGGGUGUCAGGGAAUGGGUUACAGUCUCGUCCAAUCACCACAGUGGCUGUUACAGGUACCGCUCUCUGCUUUUCAACUGCACGUCACUCCGUCACAUCAAAGGUUUCACUGCCCAAGCUUGGUAGUUUCAACUUUUUGUUGAGUAGCAAAAUGUUUUUCAUAUCUAAUAAAUGAAUUGCACAUUUUUUCAGGGGUUGUAUGCACAAGACAUGUUCAAGAGUGUGAUAGUUUCUCUCUGAUAUGUUGAUAUGUUGUAGGCGCACAUAACGGCAUGACAAAAAACCUGCCAAAUUGUACAGUUUCUACGGUAAACACUCAAUAUGCUCAAGAUAGUUUUCCUGCCCCAGUUGCUGCUUCUAAUUGGUCACCCAUUUUAAA